AUUUGAAAACGAGUGGUAAAAAAUUGAGUUAAAAUGAAUCCACAUGAGAAUUCUAAAAUAAUGUCUACCAUUGAGCACUUGAAAAGACUGAUGAUUGCCGAGGGUCAGAUGAUGCCAGGUCAAGGCAAGAUUCAGGUGCAGGAGAGGAACAACUUUGACUGUCAGUCGCAGUUGUUGGCAAGAAGCAACUUAAUGGAUUGGUACGCUUAUCAAUCUUUAGAGGCAAGAGCCCAAUUCUUAGCACUUGAUGAUGACCCCUUCUCUGUCAGCAAUCGAUUGUGCUAUCCGAAAUUGCCACAGCCCUCGAAUGUGGAAACCAAACCAAUGUUCAGCAACUGGAAAAGCUAUCAGGAUUUUGAUCAAGCCAAUCAGCACGGGCAGGCGGACACGGAGGCUGAGAUGUGGCAGCUCUUGGGCAAAAAUAUUUGCCAGUGGAUAAUGCAAUCAAAUGGUCAACCUUUGGUCUCCCAGCGAGCGCUGACCAAAAUGUCUGGUGUGGAGAUUGCCUGCGUCCUGUUGGCUGCUCAUUUGCUCAAGCAUCGCCAGGAUCCCAAGGAGAACUGCAUGUUGACCCAUUACAAUUGCAAUGAGUUGCGCAGCUAUGUGAUGAAGAGCGAUGAGUUGCAGGAUGUGUUAAAUCGUUGCAAGCAACGGGAAUGCCUAACCUCAUUCUACAAUGUGAUACCACAUCGGGAUGCGCCUAUACCCAGUAUGUUGCCAUUGCCGCCAUUACAUUGGCUGCUGCCCAAGGAGUCGAAGCGUGAAGAUGCGCGCUUUCGCCGACAGAAGCGCGAACAGGAGCAGAAACAGGAGCGGGAACGGGAGCGGGAGCGGGAGCAGCUGCUUCUUCUGCAAAAGAAGUUGCAAGUGCAAGCGGAAGCGGAAGCGGAAACAGCUGAAACCGAAUCUCGACCACAACCGAUGCCAAAGCCAAAGCUGAAGCCAUGGCAAUAUCAUCCUAAGCGAUACUCAAGACAACAAUCGCAAUCGAAUGGAAAUGGUGGAAGGAAGCGCAUUAAUCCCAAUCAUGUGCUGACCGAGGUGUGGCAUCCAUCCACAGCCAGCAAUAACUACAAACUGUACAAUCAUUAAAGAUGCCACAUGCCUCUUGCCACAUGCCACUUGCCUCUGCCACUUGCAGUUGCUACAAGUGCGCAGUGUUUUUUUUUAGUUCACCAUUUUAA